AUGGUAGCUUCCAAUCCAAAUGAGGUUAUGUUGGAGCAGGAUUUAUUUCAGGAAGAAAUACCUCCACUGUCACAUUCCGAGAUCGGCUCCGCCGUAGCACGAUAUUGUCCGCUUUGGGCCCCCCUCUCUGCCAUCACGGUUUUGUUUCUAGGAACUUACGAGCAACUUCCCAAUGGGUCACCCAUCCUGGGAUUGCUCUAG